AUGGAUUCCGUCAAAGGCAAAGUCUACGCUGUAACCGGCCUAGGCGGCAUCGGCCUAGCCGUCGCCCGCCAACUCCACGCCCAGGGCGCCCUGCUCUCACUCGCCGAUUUGAGCCAAGCAGUCCUCGACACAGCGCGCCAGACAAUCGAGGCUGAUUCCCGCUCCUCCACAGCCUCAACAAUCAUCACAACCGCUCUAGACAUUAGUAACGUGUCCGCUGUAAAAGAAUGGAUCGCCUCGACGGUGUCGCACUUUGGCCGACUCGAUGGCGCCGCAAAUAUGGCCGGCACAAUCGGCAAGCAACACGGAAUAGGCAAAUUUGUUGAUCAGGAUGAUGCCGAGUGGGACAUGCUGAUGCGGGUCAAUGUGACUGGAUUGAUGUAUUGCCUGCGCGCGCAAUUAAAGGCUAUCUCGGAGACGGCCCCGGGAGGUAAAGGAAGUAUUGUCAAUGCGUCGAGUAUUCAGGGCAUUAGAGGGUUUGCCCUGCAUGCUGCUUAUUCCACAACCAAGCAUGCUGUUGUUGGCCUGACGAAGUCGGUUGCGAAAGAAGUUGGACCCGAUAUUAGGGUUAAUGCGGUUGCACCUGGGUCCAUUCAAACGCCCCUGCUUGACAUGGCCAAGGAGAUCCAGGGUCAGAUUAGUGCUCCACCCACUGCUAUCCCGCGCAUCGGCAGGGCCGAGGAGGUUGCGCAGACGGUUGUGUUCCUGCUCAGUGAUGCUGCAUCAUAUACGACGGGUCAGAUUGUCAGUGUUGACGGUGGAUGGGAUCCAUGA